CCCCCUCCCCUCCUCGUAACGUGGUCUUCAACCUGAACGACACCUGUCUACAGUUGGAGUGGUCUCCUCCCAGCGACAUGGGUGGUCGCAGGGACCUGACCUAUAACGUGCUAUGUAAGCGAUGCGGCCCAGAGCCCGACCAAUGCCAGCUUUGUGGGGAAGAGCUUCGCUUUGUGCCCCGCCCCCAGGGCCUGACUAACGCCACCGUAACGGUGAUGGACUUCUCUGCUCACGCCAACUACACCUUUGAGAUUGAGUCACUGAAUGGAGUGUCUAAAAUGAUUAACUACCCGAGACCUGUGGCCGCCAUUACUGUCUCCACCGACCAGGGCGGUCCCUUUAUGGUGGGCGUGCUGAAGAAGGACUGGGCAUCUCAGAACAGCAUUGCCCUGUCGUGGCUGGAGCCAGAACAGACAUCCCUCCUGGUGGUCGACUAUGAGGUCAAGUACUACGAGAAGGAACAUGAGGAGUUGAGCUACUCGUCGACGCGGACCAAAGCCCCCAGUGUGAUCAUCACAGGGUUAAAGCCCUCCACCUGCUACGUCUUCAGCCUGAGAACACGCACCUCCGCUGGACACAGRGCCUACAGCCCCAAAUACGAGUAUGAGACCACGGACGACACGUCAGACAUGGCGUCAGACCAGGGUCAGGUGUUGGUGAUCGUCACGGCAGCCGUGGGAGGCUUCACUCUCCUCAUCAUCCUCACCCUCUUCUUCCUCAUCACCGGACGGUGUCAGUGGUACAUCAAAUCCAAGAUGAGCUCAGACGACAAGAGGAGGACCAACUAUCAGAACGGACAUGCCCUCCCGUACCCAGGGGUAAAGACCUAUGUAGAUCCGGACACCUAUGAGGAUCCUACUCAGGCUGUCCAUGAGUUUGCCAAAGAGAUUGACCCAACCCGGAUCCGCAUAGAAAGAGUCAUCGGAGCAGGUGAGUUCGGGGAGGUGUGUAGCGGUCCGUUUGCGGACGCUGGGGAAGAGGGGCAACUCGCGGUGGCGAUAAAGACGCUGAAAGGUGGCUACGUGGAGCGCCAGAGGCGGGACUUCCUCCGAGAGGCCAGCAUCAUGGGACAGUUCGACGACCCUAACAUCAUUAGGCUGGAGGGCGUGGUCACCAAAAGCAGACCUGUGAUGAUUGUGGUGGAGUACAUGGAGAAUGGAUCUCUGGACUCUUUCCCUGAGGAAGCACGACGUCACUUCACAGUGAUCCAGUUGGUGGGCAUGCUCGUGGCAUCGCGUCGGGCGUGA